AUGGCUCCAAAGAAAGAAGUUGCAAUUAUUUUUUAUUCAUUAUAUCAUCAUAUUUAUCAAUUAGCAUUAGCUGAAAAAGCAGGUGUUGAAGCAGCUGGUGGUAUUGCUAAACUUUUCCAAGUUCCAGAAACUCUAAAUUCAAAUAUUUUAAAGGCUGUUAAAGCACCACCAAAACCUGAUGUUGAAAUUGUUACUAAUGAUACAUUAUUGAAUUAUAACGCAUUCGUAUGUAUUCAAGAAACUUUGUACAAAAUUUCAAAACGUUUCAUUAUAGAUUUUGUUUAUCCAAUUGACAUUUAAUGAUCACAUGUUAACAAAUUAAGCUUUUUGGUAUUCCUACAAGGUACGGGACAUUUCCAGCACAAUGGAAAUCUUUUAUUGACGGUACUGGUGGAUUAUGGGCUCAAGGUAAAUUAAGAAAUAAAUAUGCUGGUAUGUGCCAAAAUUUUUAACAAUCAUUCAUUCGUCAAUUACUAACUAUUGAUAGGUUUGUUUGUCAGCACGGGGACACCUGGAGGAGGACAAGAAGGUUUGUUGAUCAAUUGACGUUGAUAAGACGUUGAAUUUAAGCAAUUUGAAUUCCGAAAUUCGAAUUUUUUUAAUAAACUGAACUUAAAUACUAACUUGGAAUUUUAGUUACUGCUCUUAAUGCAAUCCUGACACUUGCACAUCACGGAAUUACUUAUGUUCCAUUGGGUUAUGCUUCAGAAAAGCAAGCAACUUUUGAUGAAGGUAUGUGAUUUUUGAUUAAUAAAUUACUAUUAGAAUUUUCAAAUUAACACUUUUUAGUACAUGGAGGAUCACCAUGGGGAGCAGGAACAUUCGCAGCUGCUGAUGGAUCAAGACAAGUCUCUGAUCUUGAAAAAGAAAUUGCAAAACUUCAAGGUUUCAAUUUUUACAAAACUGUAUUUGACAAUGAAUUGACAAAAUAA